CAAUGUAGGCCUAUACGUAACUGUUCUUAUCCAGAUGAGUAUUACUGAGUGUUUAUCAGACUUACUGUCUGGAUAAAGGAAAGAAUAAAGACAUUUAUCUAUACACACAGAAAUAAUAAUUAGCCCUCUCUGUUGACGUGUCUUCAAUUUAAAAUGCAAAUCAGCUUCACAGAAACAAAAGAUGACGCCACAUUAGCACUCCAAAUUCUACUUCUGUUGUUUUCUCUUUCCAACCCCCCGCAUUUCAGCAUCAGCACCACCCGCUCCAUCCCUCCAUGAUCUCGUAGGGGCUUGCUUCACCUCUGUCAUGCUCCAGCGCUUCCAUCCGGCAGCGGCGCCGAGCUAACAAGUCUUUGUGAGGAGAGAGGGGGAGAGGAGGAGGAGAGGAAGGAGGGGGUUGCAGGAGCGGGAGGAGAAUCAGACGGUGAGAGAGCUGACAGCAUGAGGGUGCAGAGGGAGCGGGCAGAGGAGGAGGUCGGGGCUGCACAAUAGUGUGUCCAGAAGCAUCAUGUCGCCGCCACGCCAGGGGAUGCUCUGCCACCGCCGCCGCCGCCGCUGCUGCUGCUGCUGCUGGUGAAGCACCGCGUGAUGCAGGGGAGCGAGUCCCGAGGACCUCCUGGAAACCAAAGGCGAGCCGAGGAAACAGGUGUUACCAGCGGACAGAGCCUCAUGAUGAGUGGGAUCCUGAAGAGAAAGCUUGAGGAGGGCCCCUCUUAUCUGUCCCUGCAGGGUUCAGACGAUGACGAGGUUUCCUGCAGCGACAGCGGCAACAGCAGCGACAGUCUGAACCACUCAGUCCCCUCAGGCAUUCUGGAUUCCUCCACACAGCAGCCCUCGAAGCGACUGCGGAGCCGCAACGUGCACUUUGAGAGCGUGACGGUAUACUACUUUUCCCGGCGGCAGGGCUUCACCACCGUGCCCACGCAGGGGGGCAGCACCCUGGGGAUGUCGCCACGUCACAGUGGUGUGAGGCGCUUCACUCUCAGAGAGUUCGCCAUGGAGCAGAAACGAAGUCAUCGGAACAUGCUGAGGGAUCAUCUCAAAGAGGAGAAACUCAACGCCAUAAAACUCAAACUGACGAAAAACGGGACCGCGUCAUCGAUAGAGGCGGACGGUCUCACCCUCGACGACAUCUCAGAGGAUGACUUGGACGUGGACAACACGGAGGUGGACGAUUACUUCUUCCUUCAGCCUCUGACCACCAGGAGGCGCCGUGCACUCCUUCGUGCCUCGGGGGUCCGGCGCAUUGACGUGGAGGAGAAGCACGAGCUGCGUGCCCUGCGCAUGUCCAGAGAGGAGUGUGGGUGUCGCUGCAGGGGGACAUGUGACCCAGAGACCUGUGCUUGCAGCCUGGCCGGCAUUAAGUGCCAGGUAAAUGGAGCUGUGGUGGACCGCAUGUCCUUCCCCUGCGGCUGCACCAAGGAGGGCUGCAGCAACAGCACCGGCCGGCUGGAGUUCAACCCAGUCCGGGUGCGCACCCACUUCCUGCACACCAUCAUGAAGCUGGAGCUGGAGAGGAGCCACGACGAGCAGUAUCAGCACCGGCAGACGGAGCCGCAGCUCGUAACCAACGGCAACGGUUACCAUGGCGACCCCGCCUUCAUCCCACAGCAGCAGCAGCCGAACCCACAGUCCGUGCCGCUGCACGAACCCAUCAUGCAGCUCCAGAGCACUGGAGAUACAGAGCUGCAUCUGGAGGAGGAGGAGGAGGAGGAUGAGGAGGAAGAUGAGGAGGAAGAGGACGAUGAUGAUGAUGAAGAUGAUGAUGACGAAGAGGAGGAUGAAGCCUAUGAUGAAGAUGGCAGCAGCGUUUGCAGCGGGCUGUCGGAUUGCAGCACACACAGCUUGGAAACUCUCGACCCCGAGGAGGGAGAGGACGAUGAUGACGACGAGGAAGAUGAUGAGGAAGAGGAGGAGGAGGAAGAGGAGGAGGACUGGGACUGUUCAGUGCACGGUCUGAGUCCUCCGCCUUACCCUGUGCCCCUCCCAUCUGUCCUGAGUUACUCUAACAGCACACUGGUGAGCCUCAGCAGCCCCUUCCACAACACGUCCCCCAUGCAGCCCUACCACACAGAGAGCUCCGCCCACGACCUCCCGGCRUUCCUCGGCGAGAGCCUGAACCCCGCCCCCAUCCUCCCCUCUGUAGAGUCCGCCCUGGAGUCCGACAUGGGCAGAGAGCUCAAGCGCCAAGCCGAGCAGCAGGGUGCUCCCCUGCGCUUCUCUGAGUCCCCGACGCUCCACACCUGUGAGUUCGCCACCUCCCUCACCUCCGUGGAGCAGCCCCGCCCGCUCCAGAAUAAUCCGGACCGCUGUGACGCACAAACAGGGGGCACGGGAGCACCUGCAGAGGAGCAGCCGGGACUGCAGAAGGACGGAGGUGCCGAUCAAACCACAUCAGAGAAUGUCUGAUGGGCAAGAUGA